GCUGGUGGGGUAGGCCCAUAGGGGUAGGCCGUGCUCCUAUGUGCUCCACACACACGCCUCUACACUAAACACCAUGACUCAACUCUCGCGAGACUCCGUGAGUUGUGGAACAGCUGACCGUGCUGUGGGUGCGUGACGCUACUAUCUGUUUGGAACAGCUACAAACCUGAGAGCAAAAUAAUCUGCGGAGACCCUUUUACAUUUGACUUCUGUCGAGGCACCGAUCAUCACACAACAUGGCCGAGACGGAUCCCAAGUCCGUGCAGGACCUGACCAACGUGGUCCAGACACUGCUGCAGCAGAUGCAGGACAAGUUCCAGACCAUGUCAGACCAGAUCAUCGGGAGGAUUGAUGAGAUGAGCACGCGUAUCGAUGACUUGGAGAAGAACAUCGCUGACCUGAUGACCCAGGCCGGUGUGGAGGAGAUCGAGGCGCCGCCAGAAAAGGCUAAAGAGGGUCAAGGCUCAUAAUGAAGGUUCCUAAACAGCACGGUGUGAAGUCGGUCUGACGUUCAGGAGCAGCAGAUUUUCCUCUCUGAAGAUGACUUCUAUUGAUUUGGUGUGUCGUAGUGUGAAAUGCUUUUUUAUAUUUUGAAUAUUGUGAUAAACGGUUACAGUUCUGUACUGACUUGAAGAGUUGAACCUUAUUUGUAGAAUAGCGUGAUAUGCCCUCUAGAACUAAAACAGCCUGUGUGCAGGAAUGCAGUUUAUGGAUUUAGUGUGUUGACCUGCAGGUUCUUUCUCUGCCAUCAUCUAUACAGUUAAUUAAAUCCCAGGAGAUGAUGGCUAACGGGCACAGCUCAGCCUUAGUCUGUGCUGAGAAGUACACCCUGCAGCCUCCCUUCAUGGGAGAGGAGCAUAGCUACAUCUGAAUGCUGCAGUAUUUCACAAACGGCACUGCUACUAUUAACUAAUGGAUGCAUUCCAAUUCUGAUUUUCUUCUAUUAAAGCUAUUUAAUACAAUGCUAUUUCUCAUGUAUAUUACAUAAUAAAUAUUUGGCCAGGUGCUGAGUGAAUUUUUAAAUAUCAUUACCUGAGGUGCUCACAGUUUUCUCUGUAUUAUUUUUUUCAAACCACUGUUGUACUUUAUGCAAAUUACCCUCAAGUUUCAGUGUUGCAUGUUUUAUUGGUCUGCAUUGUUUGAAUCUUUGGGAUGACAUAUUUUAGUACAACACUUCAGGGCGUACUAAGCUCAGUGAUUAGGACUCCCUCUGCUGCAAUGAUCCGUUUGAUGUUGUAAUUUAGAUGUGUAAUGAUGGAUAAGUAUUACUAACACACUUCCCUUUAAAGUUGCAUUUUGGCCAAAUGUUAUCUCACACGUCUGCAUUGAAGAAACCUUUAUUUAACACAAACACAAAAUGUACAAAGAAAACAACACAACAAAAGCAAGUUUCAAGAAGAAGUGCCAAAAAGUAUGAAAACAGCAGAAAACAAAAGGUGUCCGAUGAGUGGUGUUUGACAGUAUUGUCACUGAAGUACAUGAGUAGUCUCUGAACACAUAAUUAAUGUUCUCUUUCAGUACUGUAUGUAAUAUAAGACCUUUCUUAACAG